UAGAGUUAUUAAGUUUUGUUUAUUAUUGAUUAUGAUUUUAUUCAAUCCUUAAACUUUGUUUAGUUUAAUUUUAGUAUGAUAUUAUAUUUAAAGUAAUGGUGGUUCAGGAGUUUGUCAAAUCCUGUGGUGAAUGGGCUCGACGAAGUAUUAACCGACUUUACCGAGGCUGGAGAGGAGAACUAAUAAAAAUGGAUAAAGAGCAUUACUUGUUUGAUUUUCGAAGACCAGAAACAAUAAACAAUUUUGAUUGCUUGACAGACAGUGAAGUGGGUGGUAAAAGUACUGCAAGUAUAACUUUAAGCAAAUAUGGAAGGCUUUUGUUUAGUGGAGAGGUGUCAAUGAUGUUAGAAAAAGAUAUUGACUUUACAGGUUUUUGUGGUAUUCGCUCUAAACCUAAAUUAGGACUUUUUAAUAAAGUUGAACUGACUGACAUUGGGUUUUAUGAUUGUGUAGAAAUUAAAUAUCGUGGCGAUGGUCGUCCAUACUUUGUUAAUGUUCAAACUGGAUCCAUGAUGAUGUUAAACAAAUUUGAUUUGUUUCAAGCAUUUUUGUUCACAAAAGGGGGUCCAUAUUGGGAAAUUGAACGAAUACCAUUUUCAAAAUUUUAUCAGACAUAUAAAGGUUUUGCUCAAGAUGAACAAAUGCAGUUUAAUAAUAUUCGAACAAUAGGCAUUUCUCUCACUGAUAGAAAGUCAGGUCCUUUUAAUUUAGAAAUAGAAUAUUUCAAAGUGGUAAAAAUUGGGCAUCAACCUCAAACUUUUAAAACUAUAAGAACUAAUAGAUUUCAAAGAGAUAAUUCAGAACAGUAAUAAACUAAUAGUAUUUUAUUAAUUUUAUUUUGUGUGAAAAAAAUGAACAGUCUCUUAAACAGUAA